AUGGCCUGCUCUUACGACGAGCCCGACCGGCGAAUGACCGCCGUGGAGUACAUCCAAAGUCUGGAGAGGAAAGUCGAGGAUCUGGAGAUGGCUCUGGACCGCGAAAGCGCUCGCGGUUCUUCUUCGCCAGCAUCACCGAUGACCAUCCGCAGUGAUCGCAAUGGUCCAUCUUCUUCCACAGAUACCCCCACCGCCAGCCAAGCUUCUAUGCCACCACCGCAGACCUCCGCACCACCACUACCACCAGCACCACCCUCCUCGACACCCUUUACCAACGGAGCUCACGCCGACGCCCCGCAAGCAGGAAAAUCAUCUGGAACGCCUGCAGAUGAGGACGUCAUCGAGACGAUGGUCGGCGCCGGCGAGUACGACUCACCGCACGCCAGCUCCUUCGAGCGCUAUCGAGGCAGCUUUGCAGGCUUGAGCUUGCUUCGGCGUGUGCACGACCUAUGCAAGGAUGCUUCCGCAAGUCGCAAGAACUCGGAAGUCGAGACCUUGCAGGACGAUUUCAUCCAUGCCUUUGACUUUGACUCGCCCGAGAACGACUCGUCAAUCCCCUGGGAUGCGUUUGCCAUGCUUCCAUCCCGAGCGAACUUUGACCGGGCUAUUGACGUUGUAGUGAAUCAAGCAUGCUGCAAUAUGCAGUUUCUUGACCGUCCUACCCUCGAAGAAAUAGCACGACAGGUCUAUGCCGAGACGGAGAAAGACUCCAAACAUUACAGCCGUAAGCCUUUGGCGUUGCUGUACGCAGUAUUGGCGCUUGCUCGCCGGUUUGAGCCUGCACAAUCUGGCGAUCCCGCUCAAGGCACUCGAGGGUACGUUGAGAGUCACACAUGCUACCUGAUUAUGGCCGGCUGA